AAAUGGCGCUGCCCAUGAACACAUAAAAUUUAUAUGUGCUUUUUAUUUUCAUCGGAAUCUAAACCUUUUAUGUGAUCAUUUCAUAAUAAGACUAAGAGGAAAAUUUACUUACCAGUAUUACCAACAUGGAGGAAGUCGACAUCCCUACCAAACGCAGGAAACUAUCUGGUGAUGAUUGCAAAACUGAUGAUGCUUCAGAAGGCACAGAGGACGAGACCAGUUAUAUCUCCACAUCCAAUGUGCCAGUGAUUGAGGCCAAGGAACCGGAAAAAUGUGUUGAAUCAAGUUCAGAGGUUAAGCGGGCUGUUGACUCUCCUCAAGCGGUUACAGGUGGGGCCAGUGAAAUGGUUGAGGAGGAUGACAUGCUGUCUACAUAUCAGUUGGAAAAGGAUGUUGGCAUAACAGAGUACAUCAGUCAGCAUGAAGGAUUCUAUGGUAUUCUGAAAGAAAGGUAUUCAGAUUUCUUGGUGAAUGAGAUUGAUCCAGCUGGUGUGAUUGUGAGGCUUACAGAUUUGUCUGAACCCGUGGACCAAUCAUUACCACCUCAGGACCAUUCUUUGGCUGGUGUGAUCUCUGAAGAAGUACAGAAACAGCUUCAGGAUUUGGCUCAAUCUACUGACAAAAAGGCUUCAGUUGUUAUUGAGGUCGGAGAUGAUAAAGAGAAGAGGACUUCGAUACACCGUGCAAUACGACAGAUGGCAAUGGGGUUGGAAAGCAAAACUGAUGAAGUCGACAACAAAAAAGUUAUUGCGGUGACACGCAUGAAGCAAAAAGGGAACCGACGAGGAGACAGGUGGCCUCCUCAUCGACCAGAUUACUGCCACUUCGUGAUGUACAAAGAGAAUCGUGAUUCGAUGCAGGCAGUCAAUACACUGGCCAAGUUCAUGCAUAUGAGAGCGAAUCAUUUUACGUUUGCUGGUACCAAGGAUAAAAGAGCUAAGACUACACAAAGGAUCUCAGUCUACAGGGUCGAAGCCGAUCGACUUCACAAACUCAACAACACUCUACAUGGCAUCAAAUUGGGAAAUUUCAAGUUCAGCAAGCAGUCAAUCAAACUUGGUGACUUGUCAGGAAAUCACUUCUCAAUCAUUCUAAGGUCGGUGUCUGGGUCUGAUGAGCAGUUUCAGACAGCCAUGACAUCCUUGAAGGAUGUUGGCUUCAUCAAUUACUUUGGGAUGCAGAGAUUUGGCACAUCGAGCAUUCCAACGCAUCAUGUUGGCAGGUGCCUCCUUCACAGCAAAUGGUCAGAGGCAGUAGAACUUAUUCUGAAGGCAAGGACCAAAGACCCUGAUGUUGCUGAAUGUCUCGAAGUCUGGAAUAAAACAAAGGAUCCAGAGAAGGCUAUUGCAAAGUUGAGGAAGAAUGGCUGUGUAGAGAUGCAUCUGCUGCAGGGCUUGAGACGAUUUGGUCAGACUGACCUUGUGACUGCUCUGCAAAUGAUACCAAGGAACACUAGACUAAUGUAUGUCCACAGUUACCAGAGUUAUGCGUGGAACUGUGUCGUCAGUCGCAGAAUCCGAGAAUUUGGUAUAAAGCCUGUCGUUGGUGACCUUGUAAUUCCUGGCUUCAAAAACGUAGAGGUUGACCAAAAUAAAGAUGAAUUGAAGCCUGUCCUUAUAACCGAGGACACCUUGUCUGAGUACACAAUUCAUGAUAUAGUUCUUCCACUUCCUGGGUUUAGUGUCAUCUACCCAGACAACUCAAUCCGUGAUUGGUACAAGGAAAUACUAGCAGAAGACAACCUGAAUAUUGAUAAUCUCAAGCACAAAAUCAGAGAUUAUUCACUACCUGGAACCUAUCGUAGAAUUUUAGUAAGGCCGUCCGAUGUAUCAUGGACGUCAUUCCAAUAUGAGGAUCCUCACAUACCUCUAAUCCUGAGUGAUCUAGACAAUCUGCAGAUGUUGCCAGAACCAAAGUCUGUCGAAGGUGGAAAACUGAAUGCUCUCAAGUUAGAAUUCUCUCUUCCGUCGUCUACUUAUGCCACCAUGGCCUUACGAGAAGUGCUCAAGUUGGACACAUCCAAGGCUCACCAAACUUCGUGUACUCUGAGCAAAAGAUGAGGAAUAUGAACACACGAAUUCCUGGAGUUAAUGUAAAAGAUGAGGAAUAUGAACACACGAAUUCCUGGAGUUAAUGUAAAAGAUGAGGAAUAUGAACACACGAAUUCCUGGAGUUAAUGUAAAUGUUUUGGUGCUCUUCUGAUGGAUCUGGGACAGUGUACCAAGGUCUCUACGGGAAUAACAAGCUUCUAACUGAUAUGCCAAAAUCAUUUUCACAAGUCUGUAGAGGAUGUUAGUGAAGUGUAUAAAUCUGUCACCAAUCUGUUACGAGACAUAUUGAAAUAUUUUUGUUCAUAGUAUUUGUAGCAUUUGAUCUUUUUAUUUGAAUUGGUCAAUAAAAGAUAAAUGUCUGAAUGUUUCCA